AUGGCCUCCAAUCGAGCUAGGCGUAUCGCAAAGGAGAUCGCCGACAUUCAUGCCGAUACACAGUCGCAGAUCACUGCGGAGCCGCUGGGUAGUGAGGAAGAUAUCUCACAUCUUCGGGGCUCCUUCCCAGGGCCUCCCGGCACCCCCUAUGAAGGCGGUCAUUACACCGUCGAUAUCAAAAUUCCCAAUGAAUAUCCAUUUCGGCCUCCUGUAAUGAAGUUUGUUACCAAGAUCUGGCACCCUAAUAUUAGCAGUCAAACAGGCGCUAUCUGUCUGGAUACCCUUUCAACAGCGUGGUCGCCGGUCUUGACGAUCAAAUCCGCUCUCCUGUCACUGCAAUCGCUACUCAGCACCCCAGAACCCAAGGACCCUCAAGAUGCAGAGGUAGCCACGAUGCUGCUUCGCAGGCCGCAGGAAUUUGCGCGUGUUGCUCAGGAGUGGGCUGUUGUGUAUGCAGGAGCCCCUAGAAAAUACGCAGGCGAAGGCAGUGGCGGGGUGACAGAUGAAACCCUUCGGCUGCAGGAGCUCAAAUCGAAGGAAGAACAAGAGCAGGAGGAUUUAUCUAAGUAUGAUGGAUAUAACAAAGAUUUGAUCGACCGAUUCUGCAGUAUGGGCUUUGACAUCGACCGCGUGGUAUCUGCAUUUGUUCACUUUGGCAUUGACCGGAUGGAUGGAGAAGACUAUGAGCUGGAAGAAGCGUAUAUGGGGGACAUUACUGCACGGCUUUUGGGCGAGCCGUAG